GUCUAAAACCCUAACGCUGUGGGGUUUUGAUUCUGAAGCUGUGUUUGUUAAACAAUGGCGGAAAAGCAGAAACGAAAGAGCAUCCCUGUUCUACCAUGGAUGCGAAGCCCUGUCGACGUCUCUCUAAUCGAGGAAUGCCCUCUUGAGAUCCUCCCUUUGCUCGAUUCCAGAUUGAAGGUAGCUUUGCAGAACAUGGGCAUCUCUUCACUGUUCCCAGUGCAACUCGCAGUUUGGCAAGAGGCAAUUGGACCCGGUUCAUUUGAUAGAGACCUAUGUAUUAAUUCACCAACUGGAAGUGGGAAAACUUUAGCUUAUGCCCUACCAAUAGUGCAAAUGCUGUCAAGUCGUGCAGUCAAAUGCUUGCGUGCUUUAGUUGUGCUGCCUACUCGUGAUCUGGCUUUGCAGGUCAAAGAGGUUUUUACUGCAAUCGCACCUGCAGUGGGCUUAUCUGUGGGUCUGGCUGUUGGUCAAUCCUCCAUAGCAGAUGAGAUUUCUGAGCUCAUCAAGAGACCUAAGCUUGACGCAGGUAUCUGUUAUGAUCCCGACGAUUUUUCGGUUGAGCUGCAGAGUUCUGUGGACAUAUUGGUGGCAACACCUGGAAGAUUGAUGGACCAUAUUAACUUCACGAAGGGGUUUACUCUUCAGCAUCUCUGUUAUCUUGUUAUUGAUGAGACCGAUAGGUUAUUGAGGGAAGCAUAUCAAUCUUGGCUACCCACCGUGCUUCAGUUGACUCAUGCUGAUGAUGACAGUAUCAUCUUUCCUUCCUACAUUUCACAUCCUUGUUCAGCUGGAUCCUUAAAAACCAUAAGGAGAUUUGGUGUUGAGAGGGGUUUUAAGGGUAAACCUUACCCUAGGCUUGCAAAGAUGGUUCUAUCUGCAACACUUACACAGGAUCCAGGCAAGCUUGCUCAGCUUGAUCUGCAUCAACCUCUAUUAUUAACAACUGGGAAAAGAAGAUAUAAACUUCCGGAGAAAUUAGAAUCAUACAUGUUGAUUUGUGAAUCAAAACUCAAACCAUUAUAUCUGGUUGCCCUACUUCAGAGUUUAGGAGGAGAGAAAUGUAUUGUUUUUACAUCCUCCGUGGAGUCUACUCAUCGACUAUGCUCUUUACUUAACUUUUUUGACGGCUUGGAACUCAAGAUUAAAGAGUAUUCAGGGCUUCAACGUCAAUCAUUAAGAAGCAAGACACUGAAUGCUUUCCGGGGAGGGGAGAUUGAAGUACUUGUUAGUUCUGAUGCCAUGACUCGUGGAAUGGACGUUGAGGGUGUGAAAAAUGUUAUUAAUUACGAUAUGCCUGCAUUUAUAAAGACAUACAUUCAUCGAGCUGGUAGGACUGCAAGGGCUGGGCAGUCUGGGCGUUGUUUCACAUUGCUGAGAAAAGAUGAGGUUAAGCGUUUCAAGAAAUUACUUCAAAAGGCUGAUACUGAUUCUUGCCCCGUACAUUCCUUACCUUCCAGUUCAAUCGAGUUGCUCCAGCCUACAUAUGUCUCUGCCCUAAAGAAACUGAAGGAAAAGGUCGAAUCAGAAACAUUCAGGAAGAGUACAAUCACGUCUUCUUCUAGAGCGGGCAAACGAAAAGAUAUGAACUCCUCCAAAGGAAAGUCUUAGCAAGUUCACUGGAAACUGUGCAAGUACAAAUUUCCGGGACUCGGUUGACAAGGACAUGAAAAUUCAACUACAGGAGAUGGUGAUGAAGCCUUCUAAUUCACUCGAGACUAGGCAUUCAAUCACUGAAUUUG